CGCAUUCGCCUUCCAAAUUUUGGCGCUUGCAUGAAGUUCUUCUCUCAUUCGCUCGACGUGUGAAAAAGUCGACCACAUGCCCGUCACUUUUGUUUUCCUUUUUAAAGUGAGCAAGUGGUCGUGUGAGUUCCGCAGAUUCUGACUGAGGAAAGAGGAGUCUUGAUAUGUUGGUUCGUGAAAUAUGAGGCGCAACAGAAAAUGAUCGAUUGUUUUUAAAAGUUGCCGCAUUUAUAUAUGAGCAGAUACUACGAAACAAUGCGAAACUGUUCAUUGCGUGAAUAUAUUUUCCUCCCAUUAUCAAGGUCACGCGCUGGAAUUUAUCUGUUACCAGUAACCAUAAUGAUAAGUAGAGUUACGCAAUAGUCACAAGUAAAAGUGUUCAUUUUCGCGUGUGUCAUCUUUGUUAAACUAACGGAGUUUGUCAUUCCGCUCUUAGAUUACCCAAUGCGAUAAUGAGUCUGAAAUUCGCGAGCAAUUUGAGUUUCAUGUUCACGGAAUGUCCUAGUAUAGUAGGAAGAUAUCAGUUGGCUAAAGAUGCGGGUUUUCAAGCUGUCGAGAGUGGAUUUCCGUUUGGAUAUUCAGUGCAGCAAGUGACGCAGGCUAAGGAAGCCGCUCAAGUUGAUCAAGUGCUGAUAAAUGUCUUCACGGGAGAUGUAUCCAAAGGCGAAUUGGGAUUUGCAGCAGUUCCUGGAAAAGAAGAAGAAUUCAGGAAUAGUAUCCAGUUGACUAUUGACUACGCGAAAGCUUUAAAAUGCUCUAAGAUUCAUGUGAUGGCUGGAAUCGUCGAGAACGUUUCACCAAUCAAUGACACUGUUUACGAAUCCAAUCUACGGUAUGCGGUAGAUAAGUUCGAGAAGGAGGGGAUUGUUGGGCUCAUUGAACCCAUCAAUGGAUAUUCAGUACCGAACUAUUACAUGAAUUGUUAUGAUAAAGGUCUUGCGCUUGUCAAGAAGAUCAACAGCCCUCACCUGAAACUCAUGUUCGACAUUUUUCACUUGCAACAUCUUAAAGGGAACGUCACAAAUAUGAUCAAGGAAAAUUUCCAUCACUUGGGACAUGUCCAGAUCGCUCAAGUACCCGACAGAAACGAGCCGGAUACGUCAGGGGAAUUGGACUACAGAUACAUUCUCUCAGCUCUUGAACAGCUCGGCUACACUGGACACAUCGGGUUGGAGUACAAACCUAAAACCAAGGCUGCUGAGGGGUUGAAGUGGAUUCAUAAUUUCGGAUACUCUCUGUAGAUUUUUACAUGAAUUAUUGUGUUAUACCAUCAAGCCACAACAAUUGUAUUUUUAAUUGAAUAAAAUGUUGAACAAACUCUUCUGGGAGAACAAAAAA